GGAUAGAGCCCUCUGACGAGCCGUAGUCAAGCAAACUAACGCAACAGCUGACCAUGAGGCACUCCUUGAGACUCGAGCAUGUGCUCACGCCCAACUGAAGACGUCGUGUUGGAACCAAUAGUUCGACCCAUGUGUGGCAGCGUGGAGCCGAAUUACAUACACGUUUGGAAAGAAGUCGUAUCGAGUGGUCUUUGUCGACUUGAACUCACAGUAUAGUCAUGCAGUCAUUUUCAUUGUCACCGAGGGACACAUUUGACAACAUGCAAGAGCAGCGGAUUUCGCGUUGGUAUUUUGGGGGAAUUGCCUCUUGCGGCGCUGCUUGCUGUACCCACCCACUGGACCUUAUCAAGGUGCUCCUGCAGACCCAGCAGGAGGUGAAGACCAGGAUGGUGGGCAUGGCCGCCCACGUAGUGCGCAGCGAUGGCGUACUGGCCCUCUACAGUGGCCUCAGCGCCUCAGUGUGCCGCCAGCUCACCUACUCCCUGACGCGCUUUGCAAUCUAUGAGACUGUACGUGACAUGAUGGGCAGUGAGACCGGAAGACCCAUGCCCUUCUACCAGAAGGUUCUACUAGCUGCUGUCGGAGGACUGACUGGGGGUUUUGUUGGUACACCUGCAGACAUGGUUAAUGUAAGGAUGCAAAAUGAUGUUAAACUGCCACCAAAGCUCAGGAGAAACUAUGCUCAUGCACUGGAUGGCCUUUUUCGAGUCUGGAGAGAAGAGGGCAUUAAGAAGCUGUUCUCAGGGGCCACCAUGGCCUCCAGUAGAGGCGCUCUCGUCACCGUUGGACAGCUCUCGUGUUAUGACCAGGCCAAACAGCUGGUUUUGGGCUCGGGAAUGAUGAGCGAUAACAUUGUCACACACUUCCUGGCCAGCCUCAUAGCCGGCGGCUGCGCUACUAUUCUCUGCCAGCCUCUGGAUGUGCUGAAGACUAGACUGAUGAACUCAAAAGGGGAAUAUGGAAUUUGGCAGGACACCGCUCUUGGAAGUUGCAUGGCUGGUUUUCUCGGUAGGGACUCGCUACGUCUAUGCUGUAUAGCUGUCCUAGGGGGUGGUCCACUGUCUGCUGGACACUGCGAAACUGGGACCAAGGGCUUUUUACAAGGGUCUUGUUCCGGCUGCAAUCCGACUGAUCCCUCAGACCGUGCUCACUUUCAUCUUCCUGGAGCAGCUGCGUGCGCGUUUUGGGAUCAGGGUCAUCACCUCGACGUGAGCGCUCAUCCUCACCCUUAUCCUCAUCCCUCUUCCUCAGCUCUGUGGACACUUGGGGUCCAGCUGGACCUGCCUUUUCCACGGAAGACAGACUCUGCCCUGUUGGUCCACUUUCUAUUCAUAAACGGACAUAUACUUUGGGGAAACCGCUAUGGAUCUCUGCUUCAUUAUCAUACAUUGUCAAUCUUCACUAUUUGGGAUGUGAUGCAUAUAGUAAUGUUUAUCUAAUGGUGUCAGUUUUUUAAGAGGCUAUGGUGAGGCAGUUGGAUAAGUUGAACGAUGUUUGUGCAUUUCAUGAAGACCACUGUUGACUGCCUGUUUCGUCCUGUUACAUGCACUGACAUUAAUGAUGUUUCACAAUGAUAUUGGCUGCACUGCUUGGGUAACUCAAUCUUAAGGGAUCAGGGAAAGGAAAUGUGUUUUUUGAAAAAGAUUAUGCUUUUUGAGAUAAUUGACUAUGUUGCUGGAUUAAAUGUGAGACUGGAACUCAUUUAAUUGUCAUUAUUAAAAUAGUCUGUUGAAAAUAGUCUGCCUCACCCAAAGUAUGCUCUUCACAUCCUAAUGUGUUAUUUGGCUUUGCCUAUUAAACUUGUGUGUUGAGUUUAUUUAAUAAUAAAAUAACUAUUGUGUUUUGCACCUUAAA